CCCCGCAGCCUGGGGGGAUCAAGGCUGAGGAUAGGGAGGGAACGAGGCUGCCAGGGCCGCUUUCGCUUUCCCUUCGCCUCGGCCCGGCUGGGAACAGGAUCGGCACAGCACGGCAGCCGAGCAGUUCGGGGUGCAGCCGCAGGGACGCCGCCCCGGUGCUCAUGAGAGAGCACCGGCUGCCCUAUGAGCCGCACGGUCGCUCUCCUGCUCCUCACCCAGCUCAGCUACCUGUGGGGGCUGGGAACAGACGAGCUGCCUGUGCAGCUGCCCGCGACCUCGGAGGCCGUGCUGGGGGGCGCAGCACUGCUGAACUGCACCUACCCGCCCGCGGCGGACCUGAUCCUGUACUGGACCCGGCUGGGGCCAGACAGCGAGAGGAACGUCUACACCUACAACAGAGGGAAACACCUGGCCUCACAUGACGACCGUGCCUAUCAGGGCCGGACCACUGUCCCAGCUGGUCAGCCCGGGCGCGGGGACGGGGCCCUCCGGCUACACAACGUGACGCUGGCUGACGAGGGCAGGUACCGGUGCCGGGUAAAGAGCGACCGCGGCAUGGGCGUAGCGGAGACGGAGCUACGGCUCAUAGGCCUCUAUCAUCUAUCCUGGCUCCAGCCCCAGCUCUGCUCCCCCUCCCUGCAGAACGUGACACUCACCUGCCUCGCAGAGGGCGGCUAUCCCCUCGCCACCGUCACCAUCCACGACAGCACUGGCAGGGACUACAGGGCCGGGACACUGGUUGCCAAAGACCCCCAGGGGCUGUAUAGUGCCGCCCACACGGCUGACGUGCCCUGCUCCCCCACCGCCAGCUACACCUGCAUCGUCAACACCACCCUCCACCAGCAGAACCUCACCGGGACGCUUGGCCUGGAAGAGCCGCAGCCAGCAUGGAAGGGCUGGGCCGGCGUUGGCGUUGGUAUUGGCAUGGGCUUGGCGGUGGUAGUGCUGGGGAGCGGAGCACUCUGGGCUGGGCAGCAGAGGAGGAAGGGGCAGAGGCACCAGGGACCCAGCCCCCCACGGGAGGCAGACCCAGCCCGGGAAGAGGCCCUGUUGGAGGGCACCGGCCCCACCUGCACAAGGAGGGGGGACCUACCAGACAUCCUCCAGGAGCCACCCCCACCCAGCAAACAUCUCGCAACGCACCCGUCGGUCACUGAGCCCUGCCCCACACCUCGUCCUGGGCCCAGCAGUGCCUAG